AUGUAUAUUCAAUUGAUCUUAAUGACUCUUAUCCCUAUUCAUUAUUGCCAAAUAGAUUUUCAAACGAUUUGUCAAGCCGGUAUUCGACAAGAUAAUACAAAUUAUAUUCAUUGUGGUCGUAAACAAUUAAGUGAAGUACCAAAUUUUUCUCGUACAACAAAUACAGUUUAUGAUGAACUUGUUUUAAAUGAUAAUCAAAUAACUUCAAUAUCACGAAAUGCAUUUCAAGGUCUUCGUGUAAAACGUUUAAAUUUAUCUGGAAAUAAAAUUCGUUCAAUUGAUUCACGUGCAUUUAUUGAAUUAGCAAAUUAUCUUGAAGAAUUAAUUAUUGAAUUUGAUUCAACUAUUCUUCAUGAAAUACCCGAUGCUAUUCGAACAAAUUUAAUAAAUUUACGUUCAUUAAAAUUAAUCAAUCUUAAUUUAACUAUUUUACUUAAUCAUACAUUUAUAAAAUAUCGUAAAUUAGAAGAUUUAUCCAUAAUAAAAUCGAAUAUAAAAUCAAUUGAAUCCAAUGCAUUUUAUUCCUUAAAUAAUUUACGUUCAUUACAUCUUGAUCAUAAUCAAUUAAGUGAUUCAAUCUGGUUUGAUUUAACAAAAUAUUUACAAAAUCUAGAAAUCUUAACAUUAAGUCAAAAUAAUUUUCAUUAUUUAAAAGAAAAUUUUCUUUCGAAACAUUUAAAAAUUCUUGAUCUAUCAUCAAAUGGUAUCCAAAUCAUCGAAAAGAAUUUUUUCGAAAAUUUAUCAUUAUUAGAAAAACUUUAUUUACAAAAUAAUGAAAUUAAUUCAUUACAAUUAACAUUUUUAACAUUAUUAAAACAAUUAAAAGAAUUAAAUUUAGAUUUUAAUCGUUUAACAUUUCUUCCGGAAAACUUGUUUCAAUUCAAUAAUAAACUUUUAUAUUUAUCAUUACAAGGAAAUGAUUUAAAUUAUUUAACAAAUAAAUCCUUCUUUGGGUUAAAAUAUUUAACAUAUUUAAAUUUAGCACGUAAUCGUUUACAAUUUCAAAUCAAUCAACAACCAUUUCAACAUUUAAAUUCAUUAGAAAUAUUAAAUUUAGAUCGUAAUAUACAAUUAAAUCUAUCGAAAAAUAUUUUCUUUGGUUUACAAAAUCAAUUAAUUGAAUUAUCAUUACAAAAUUGUAAUUUAACAACCAUCGAUUCAUUAAAUAAUCCAUUUUAUUUAUUUCAUAAACUUCAACGUUUAAAAUUAUCAUCAAAUUAUUUUCAAGAAUUACCUAAUGAAUUCCUCAUACAUUUAAAAGAUUCAUUAAUAUCCAUUGAUUUACAAAGAAAUGCUUUACGUACGAUACCAAAUUUAUUUGGUAAAAAUUUUAAUACAUCAAAAUUAACAGAUUUUGAUUUAAGUUCAAAUCAUCUAUGUACAUUAGAUAAAUUCGAUUUAUAUCAAUAUAAAAAUUUAAAAACAAUCGGUUUAAAUGGUAAUCCAUUACAUUGUGAUUGUCAAUUAAUAUGGCUUAAACAAUGGUUAAUAAAAAAUUAUGAUUAUGAUUUAAUAAAAUUUCUUCAAUGGACAUGUACAACACCGGCGAAACUUUUUGGAAAACAAUUAACAAUUAUUGAUGAACAAGAUAUGAUUUGUAAUGAAAAUGAAUAUUCCAAAUGUAAUCAAAAUAAAAAACAUUUUUUUAAUAGAUCAACAAAUACACAAUCGACAUCCAUUAAAAGUACAACAAUGACAACGACGACGACGACAUUACAAUCAUCUUCAUCAUUUAAUGAAUUAGUAAUCAAUGAUAUAUCCUAUAAUCCAAAUGGUAUGUUAACUAUAACAUGGGAAUAUAUGUUAUUAACAUUACCACGAUAUAUACAUUUACAAAUCUAUUAUGAAAAUAAUCAUCAUGUUAUAUUACAACGUUUAAUUGAUGGUGAACAACGUUCAAUUGAAAUUGAUAUUAAAGAUUAUUUAAAAGAAUAUUCAUCAAUAUAUAUGAUUUGUCUUAAUAUUCGACAUAAUAAAUAUUGUCGUAAUAUACAAUUAGAACAAAUAAAAUCUUCAUCAUCAAUUAUUCUAUCAUCAAAUACACAAGAUAAUUAUCAAUCAUUACAAUUUUUUUAUCUUCUUGGUGGAAUAUGUCUUGGAGCUAUACUUGUUUGUAUUAUACUUAUUAUUGUUUGUUGUUGGCGUAUACGUCGUAUAUCAAGAGAAAAAUUAUCAAAUUCAAUUGAAAAAUUACCAACAAAUACUUUAUAUCAUCCACCACCACAUUCAUCAAUAUUUUAUCGUCCAUUAAAUAUUAUAAGUUACCCACAACAACAUCAACAAAGUUGUGAUACAAGUGAAUGUUCAAUACAUUCAUCGACUGAUACAAGUCAAAUAGCAAGUGAUUCUUAUCAUAUAUAUCAACAAAUACCAUCUGUAUAUAAUUGUCAAAUACAUCCGACAAGAACACAUAUUCUAAUAUAA